GGUUAUGGGAAAUCACUGUGUUCUGAGCUGUUCCUGCAGACCAAAAUGAAGGUCUUUCUCUAUUAGAGCGAUUUAGGCUUCAGAAACUCCGAAGGAUGUUUAUGAGAAAAUGGCGUCGUUAAUCGUUUUUGUGAAAACAAUUUGGAAACUUGCAGAGAUAUACUACAGAGAUUGCGACCAGAACCAUAAUUGAAGCACCUACAAAGGUGGCUUAGCGUUUUGGAUAAAAUCUGGAGCGGUUAAUAUCCACACAGGGAACGUGACAAGGUUGGCCACAGCACGACAAGUGGGUCUUGUGUGACAUCAGAAGAAAGAUGUAUCCCUCCGACGGCAGAGGGUGGUCUUUUGAGGACGAUGAAGAGGUGGUUGGAGCCAUGGGGUGUCACCUCACAUGGACGGACCUCCACGGGAUCGACAAGAGUACUCUAGGACGGGAGAGGCAACUCAUCGAGGGGAUGGAGAUUGACUUCAACGGCAGGCCCUCCCACUGGCUCUCAGUCUGCAACCUCCUGGGCUUUAUCUACUAUUCACUCUGGCUGGUCCAAGAGGCUGAGGAGAAGUUCACUGAGGUCAUCGCCAAGGAUGGGAGUAACAUGAAUGCUCUGGGUAACCUCAUCAUCAUCUAUAAGAGCCAGUCUCGGAUGAAACAGUACCGGGAAACUCUCGGGAUCCUUCGGAUACUAGUCGCCAGGCGAGACGCGCUUAACAUGGCCCGUUCGUACUCCGACCGGGCUUUCGCUCUACGAUUCUUCCAGGAACACCGGAGGAAUUUCACGUAUUUACCGUUCACCCGCAAAGCAGUGGAGACUGGCAAGGAGCUAGGCACCCCGGAGGAGGCAGAGUGGUUAUUCGCCCACGGACUGGCGUUGCAUCGGCGCUUCAUGCAGAUGCUCAACAGCGGGGCAGCCGUGCAGGGGCACUCAGAAGUGGGAUUCCGCGAGGUUGUCGAGUGCCUGUUCCAGGUGACUAAGAUCGAAGGUGCGAGCCCGGACUUCAAAACAAUGCCCUGGGUCUUCAUAGGCGCCCUCCUCUCGUUGUUCCCCGGUAAGAUCUUGGCUGAUGUUGUUCAGGAUGACUCGAGCUUCCUGUCUGCCGUUGACUGUUUCGACAGAGCUCUCAAGCUUCAACCCGAAGACCCUGAAGUACUUGCCAGAGUUGGUGCCCAGUACGUAGAGCUGAAAAUGUUUGACCAGGCCUCUGACAUUCUUAACAAAAGCCUGUCGAUUAAAGAGUCCUUGCUUGCGUUCAGACAUCGGGCUAUUCUGUCUAUCAAAAUGUAUGAAGACGAGAAUGUGCGGACCCAAUUGCCAGAAGCUGAGCUGGACGGACUGCUUCAAAAGGCACUCUCUGAUCUCAUACACGCAAUAGAGUUGAAGGAAACCAACGCAGCGCUAUCUGAUGAAGGGUACAUCUACUUUCUCAUGAGACAACCAAAAAAAGCUCUCCAAUGUUUCAGCAUGGCGACCAAAUGCGAUCACCUGGAGGAUAAUUUUGACCCGUCGGUCACCCAUGAACGCUGGGCUAAAUGUCUGAGCACUCUAGGCGAGGAGGAAGGCGCUCUCAUGCAGCUCAGGAAGAUGGAGACUGCCAAGAUGAAACUACGGGAGCAAGCCUCAGUACUGGAGGAAGCCUGGCGACACCGACACGGCCUCAACUGCCAGGGCUUCGAGUGUGACCUCGCCCGGUUUGACUUCUGCACCGAGGAUCGCCACGGCUAUGUGAACGUCUUCGGAACGUCCCGAGUGCCGAUUUCGGUUCGCUACUUCGCCCGGAAUCGAGGCUCGUUCAGGUACGACUUCUUCGUCAGCUUUGCUCACAUCGACAAUAAGUGGACAGUGGCGCUCGUCAAGAGACUGGAAAGCGAGUUCGGUGUUCGUGGAAACAUCAGGUACCGGGACUACCACCUCGGUGCUGCUAUCUCAGAUAACAUAGCAGAUUCAGUGGCUAAUUCCUACCGUACACUAAUCAUCAUGACACCGGACUCACUCAGGGACCAGUGGUGCAGAUACGAGGUUCAGCGAGCCCACAUGACCAAUCUGCAGAGGCGUUGUGCCGUGCCGAUCAUGCUGCGCAUGUGCCAGGUACCACGUGAGCUGGAGCACCUGACUUUCAUCAAAUGCCAGAAAGGACAGUUUCGAACAGAGGACUGGCAUAGACUUGGACUGAGCCUUUGCCAGCAUGUGGACCAGUCUCACUCCGAUUGGCCAGAGGGUUACCAUUUAUAAUUAAAGGGCAGUUUCGCACAGAGGACUGGCAUAGACUUGGACUCACCCUUUGCCGGUAGAUGGACCAGUCUCACUCUGAUUGGCCAGAGGGUUACCAUUUAUAAUUAAAGGACAGUUUCGGACAGAGGACUGGCAUAGACUUUGACUGAGCCUUUGCCAGCAGAUGGACCAGUAUCACUCUGAUUGGCCAGAGGGUUACCAUUUAUAAUUAAAGGACAGGUUCGGACAGAGGACUGGCAUAGAUGUUGACUGAGCCUUUGCCAGCAGAUGGACCAGUCUCACUCUGAUUGGCCGGAGGGUUACCAUUUAUAAUUAAAGGGCAGUUUCGCACAGAGGACGUGCAUAGACUUGUUGCAAGCAGAUGGACCAGUCUCACUCUGAUGGCUGGAAGGUUACCAUUUAUAAUUGAAGGGCAGUUUUGGACAGAGGACUGGCAUAGACUUGGACUCAGCCUUUGCCAGCAUGUGGACCAGUCUCACUCUGAUUGGCCAGAGGGUUACCAUUUAUAAUUGAAGGGCAGUUUUGGACAGAGGACUGGCAUAAACUUGAACUCAGCCUUUGCCAGCAUGUGGACCAGUGUCACUCUGAUUGGCAAGAUGGUUACCAUUUAUAAAUAAAGGGCAGUUUCGGACAGAGGACUGGCAUAGACUUGGACUGAGCCUUUGCCUGCAGAUGGACCAGUAUUGACCAAAUACAGUGCUUGACAAUAUCCAGCUAAGCUGAGAAAACAAGUCACAAAUGGUUACAUUCUGAAAAUGCUCCAUUAAAAAGAAAGAUGCACCCUUUUCGUCUAGCAACUUACACCUGGUAUAUCCAUGUAAUUGCUUAAAGGGCUAAUGUACUUUUUCCUAACAAAAAACACUAUGUCCACAGAUUUACGUUAAAUUUACACAGUUUGAAGAA